AUGACGCUUCAAGUACAGCACGCUGACCCCGAGAAGAAGCUCACUGAUCAUGUAGAGCAGCCACAAAAGCCAGAGAUAGAGAAUGUGGAGGGGGAAGUCAUCGACAAGAAGGCUCAACGUCGGCUAGUCCUCAAACUAGACCUGAUCAUACUUCCAUUGCUGGCUCUAUCUAUCAUGAUGGGUUAUCUGGACCGAGGAAACAUCGGCAAUGCUCGCCUGCUGGGCAUGGCGCACGACCUGAAGCUAUCUGAACAGCAGUACCUCAAUUGCGUGAUGAUGUUCUUCCUCGGAUACAUGCUUAUCGAGCUUCCUGCCGGCAUGGCCCUGCGGUACAUCCAACCACGAUAUGUCUUCGCAACGGCAUUGAUUUCCUUUGGCCUUUUCUCCACGCUCAUCACCGUGUCCGGCUAUGCGGGCAUCAUGGUGCUGCGUGUGCUUAUCGGCUUGGGCGAAGCAUUCGUCAACAACGCGUACCUCUACGUGUCACUUUAUUACAUGCAGAACGAGCUUUCGCUGCGAACAGGCAAGUUCAACGCUGCCGUCUACUCAAUGACGCCUGUUGCUGGCGCCUUCUCCGGCCUGCUUGCUUACGGAGUUGGAACAGGUCUGGAGGGAGCUCACGACAUUCCUUCAUGGAGAUGGCUCUUCAUCAUCGAAGGCGCAGCCACCAUUGGCUUUGGUUUCAUUGUGCUAGCCCUUCUACCAGGAUUGCCAGAGACUGUCGCCGCCAAAGGGUCAUUCCUGUUUCCUCAUGAACAAGAACGUGCACUCAUCAUGCAGCGUCUGAGAAUGAGCCAAAAUACAAGCCAUGCCGGCUUCCAGAAACACCAAGUGGUCAUGGCCUUCAAAGACCCAAAACUGUACCUGGGAGCCCUCCUCCUUGCUCCAGUCGGCAUCGGUAUCGGGGCAUUCAACGUCUUCCUCCCGACAUUUGUGAACCAAUUCGGUUUCGAUCGCUUGCAUUCGCAACUCAUCUCUAUCAUCCCCUACGCCUGCGCCUUGAUCAGCAUGAUCUUCAUUUCAUGGCUGUCCGACCGUCUGGGCCGCAAAGCUCUUGUGUGUAUCUGCAGCUUUGCCGUUGGCAUGAUUGGAUUCAUCAUCCUCAUCACCGCUACAGGCAAGGUGGUGCUCCUGGUCGGAGCUUGUCUGGUUGCGAUCGGCACCUACCCCGGGCUCGUCAUCGGUAUCGCCUGGACGUUGACAGUACAUGGUGGCUACACGAAGAAAGCCACGUUCAUGUGGGCGUCGCAGGUCAUGAUCCAGACGUACAGCAUCAUUGCCACGCAGGUUUACCGGAGCCCUCCUCGUUUCUUCCUCGGUCACGGCAUCGCACUGGGGUUGUACGUGCUGGGGAUUACGUCGGCAAUGACACUGUGGUAUCUGGUAUCAAGGCAGAAUAGGAUGAGAGAGGCCAGAAGACUGGAGUUCGAGCAGAAAGGAGAGGUCGAUCCGGAUAUGGAGAAGUCGUUCGAGGAGCUGGGUGACUUCCAUCCCGGAUGGCGAUAUACGACAUAA